AGAAUCCCAAUUUGUUUCAGGUCCACACAAUACUGGUAGCAAAUUUCACAACCUGAAGGCCCACAAUGGCUUCAUCUACUAUUGCAUCUAGCUCCUCACCUUUCAUCAACAAGAAAGAUAUGGGUCUCUCUGCUUUCUCUUCGCAACCCCCAUUUUCCUUACACACUGCCAAGAAAAGAAAUUCCAGGAAAAUCACGUGCGUCAUGGCACCACAGCAAACUGAACGCAAGCCUGCCACCUCGGGUUCGGUCAAGACUGCGAUGACGAUGACCGAGAAGAUCCUCGCUAGGGCUUCCAAGAAACCGAUACUGAGCCCAGGCGAGAAUGUUUGGGUCAAUGUGGAUGUCUUGAUGACUCAUGAUGUUUGUGGACCUGGCACAUUUGGAAUCUUCAAAAGAGAGUUUGGCCAGAAUGCUAAGGGAUUUUUCCAUGGAACAAAAUAUUAAGUACUUUUACGAUAUCAAGGAUCUUGGGAAUUUCAAGGCUAACCCUGAUUAUAAAGGUGUAUGCCAUGUUGCUCUUGCCCAAGAAGGUCAUUGCAGGCCUGGAGAGGUCUUGCUAGGAACAGACUCCCACACGUGUCCCGCAAGAGCAUUUGGCCAGUUUGCGACUGGAAUUGGCAAUACUGAUGCAGGUUUCUUGUUAGGCACCGGAAAGCUUUUACUUAAGGUGCCUCCGACAUUAAGAUUUGUGAUGGAUGGUGAAAUGCCGGAUUAUCUGCUUGCGAAUGAUUUGAUUUUGCAGAUUAUUGGUGAGAUUUCUGUGUCUGGUGCAACUUACAAAGCCAUGGAGUUUGUUGGCUCUACUGUGGAGAGUCUAACUAUGGAAGAACGAAUGACUUUAUGCAACAUGGUUGUUGAAGCUGGGGGAAAGAAUGGUGUUGUACCAGCUGAUAGUACUACAUAUAAGUAUCUCAAGGAUAAGACAAGCACGCCUUAUGAAGCAGUUUACAGUGAUGAUCAAGCCAGAUUUCUUUCACAGUAUAGAUUUUACAUCUCAAAACUGGAGCCUCUAGUUGCUAAGCCUCAUUCUCCUGAUAAUCGAGCUUUAGCAAGGGAGUGCAAGGAUGUGAAAAUCGAUAGAGUCUACAUUGGAUCCUGUACUGGAGGAAAAACUGAAGAUUUUCUUGCCACAGCCAAAGUUUUCCUAGCUUCAGGAAAGAAGGUCAAAGUUCCCACUUUCCUUGUUCCAGCCACCCAAAAGGUGUGGAUGGACGUAUAUAGUCUGCCCGUUCCAGGAUCUGGUGGCAAGACCUGUUCCCAGAUAUUUGAGGAAGCUGGUUGUGAUACACCUGCAAGUCCUAGUUGCGGUGCUUGCUUGGGUGGUCCCAAAGACACUUGUGCGCGCUUGAAUGAACCUCAGGUCUGUGUGUCAACAACAAACAGAAACUUCCCAGGUCGAAUGGGCCACAAAGAAGGCCAAAUCUAUCUAGCUUCUCCAUACACAGCGGCAGCUUUUGCUUUGACUGGCUUUGUCACUGAUCCAAGAGAGUUUUUGCAGUAGCCCAUUACUUGUGAUUGCUCUUGUACCGUUUGAACUUCUGUCUGAGUGGCUGAAGCAAAAUAUGAGGUUCAGUUUACUGAUACAAUAAGAACAUCUCCAUAUGUUGUGAUUGUGUAGAGAUGCUAGUAUGUAACAUACCGUGGUGCUGCAACUCUCUGUUGUAGGAUAUUUGAGAGAGAAAACGCUUAUUUAAUAGGAGUAAAUUUUAUGAGGGCAGUUGGUUGUUACAGCUGAUAAUAAAUCCGCUUGUUAAGUAGCU